AUGGCUGCUAGGCUCACGGCAAAGGCCGCGGACUGGUACGAGAGUCUUGGGAACUUACUCGGGGCAGCCCGGUACCAGCAGCCGCCGAGUGCUUUCGACCUCAGUCGCUUCUCUGAUUCCGAAUCCGAGGAACAGACCUCUCGUUCUCCUGCAAGGACCCCGUCCGAGUUUUUGUCUUCAGCUUUCCGCGGCAUCAAAAAGAUCACUCCCGGCCGGGAGGAGUUUGCGAGGCUCACGCGCCAACCUUCACAGCUCGGUCUACGACGACCCGCUGAGUCUUACAUUCCCACCGCAGAGCGACCGUCCAUAUCGUCUCCUAUCCAUAUAAAGUCUCCAAACCCACUCCAGGCGCAACAUGCACGGAGCCUGAGUCUCCAAAACAGUCUUGCAAAACCUUUACCGGAACCUCCCCCACCGACGCUUUCCCCAACGAGCCCAUCAACGCCUACGCAAUUCACUCAACCGCCGCUGGAAACGAUUGUGAACGCAGAAGAAGACUGGAUGGACAAUAAUCGAAUGAGCCCCAUGGAUUCGGCAUCAUCGAUGGAGAUGGGAGGUGGCGGCACGUAUAUGAGAUCUCAAGAGACUGCACGACAGGAUGUUAGCAUGAGUAGCAGUCAGAGCAGCUUCGCAAGUGUUCACAGAUCAGAAGGGGGAGAUGGACGCCGUGAAAACUCGACGCAGAGGAGUAAUGGGCCAAUGUCCGCCGGCCCCUCCCCCAACGGUGGCCCAGGGAGGUCACAGGUAGCGGGUGGCGGUGGGCCGCAACCAAUGCCCUCGCCAUCACAGCAUUUGUCGGGUUUGAUGUGCAACGUGCACCGGACAACAGGCAGAGAGCCGCCGCCUUUGGUUGGUGCUACUACGACAGUCUUGGGAGACAAACUAUUCGUAUUUGGUGGAAGGGUACUGUCGAGAAGCAAGCCUGCGCCGCUAACGGCUGAUCUAUACGAGUUGGACCUCAUCCGACGACACUGGUCUAAAAUCGAGGCGACCGGAGAUGUUCCCCCACCUCGGUAUUUUCACUCCAUGUGCGCUCUCGGCGACACGAAACUUGUCUGUUAUGGCGCGCUUCAGCAUAAUCCUUCAUCGGGGAACCCCAAUGAGGGCCGCAUUGGAAUCAACAUUGAUGGGACUGGCGGCGCAGAAAUGGUGGUUAUAGGAGGCCAAGAUGCCGCAAAUCACUAUAUUGAACAGAUCAGUGUCUUCAACCUGCGAAGCCUCAAGUGGGUUUCAACGGAACAACUGGGCAAGAGCUGCGGUGCAUAUAGAAGUGUGGUUGCUCCCCUGCCACCAUCCCUCGCGGCAAAAAUAGGCAAGCCACACCUGGUUAGCGGACGGCCGGACCCAGGAGCUACUUCCCAGGAGGCCAAGGAUGCCGGAUCUAGCAUGCUGAUUUACAGCAACUACAACUUUCUCGACGUUAAAUUGGAGUUGCAAGUAAGAUCGAGUGAUGGAACCCUUGUCGAGACGACGAUGAAAGAGCAAUACAGUCCGCCAGGAUUACGAUUUCCCAAUGGAGGAAUCAUCGAUCACUACUUUGUGGUUAGUGGCACCUAUCUCACCUCAUCGAAGCAGGAAUAUGCACUCUGGGCAUUGGAUCUACGGAACCUUAGCUGGAGUAGGAUCGAUGCCGGAGGGGCUGUUUUUAGUCAGGGAAGUUGGAACAGAGGCGUGUUGUGGAACAGGAGGAACACGUUCGUCGUCUUGGGUCACCGAAAGAGAAGCCUUGUGGAUGACUAUAAUCAUCGGCGCAUCAACUUCAGCAAUGUCUGCAUGGUAGAGCUGGAGGCCUUUGGAUUCUAUGACAAUCCUCGGAAGACGGCGCCCAUGAGCGGCUUCGUCAGUGCCAGUAGUCCUUAUACCGGUCCUGGUUUGAGUCUAGCCCGUAAGGCGGGCUUUACUGCCGGCGGUAGACAACACAGCCGUGCUGCCGAAGAGCUCGGAGAGAAGGCGCUUACGAUGCGGGAAUUGGCGGACAUGGAUAUUCUCUGCAUAGGCGGUGAACGGAUACCUGUCAACUCUAGAAUCAUUGCAAGGCGAUGGGGGCCGUAUUUUGUCCAGCUGCUCCGGGAAGGGACAGCCUGCCAGGACGGUAGCGACGUCAUGACACUCAGGUCCAACUCCAUUUCGGCGUCGUCUGGUAUGGGCCGCAGCUCCAACAUGACACCCACGCCCGGAAACAGGAAUACGAUGGAGAGUCAGAUGUCGGUAUACUCGGGUGGUAGCUCAGCUGGCAAGCCGCCCAGCACGGCCGCUACAUCCGUGGCGGGAAGCAUCAUGUCACCAACGGGUGUAGACGCUGCCGCGCUCAACAGUGCACCAACACCGCGUACUCUUGCGCCUAAUAACCGACCACGAUGCCUCUAUCUACCGCACACCUUCCUCACCAUCCAAGCACUUCUCCACUUCCUCUAUACCUCCAGCCUCCCCCAGCCUACCUCGCCGUUGUGCACUCCACAGAUUCUCUGCAGUCUUCUUCAAAUAGCGCGGCCGUAUCGAGUGGAUGGUCUCCUUGAAGCGGUGGUGGAGCGCCUGCAUAACCUACUUGACAGCCGAAACGCAGCCGCAGUCUUCAAUGCCACUGCCAUGGCCGCCGGAGGCGGACGUGGCAUUGACGGUACCCUCAACCCCAACUUCUUCCCGCCUGCCGACCUGGAUGGACUGGCUAGUCCGGUCGGAUCAAUGCCGCCUUCCGCAAACGGCAGUGAAUAUGGUGGUGGCGGCAGUAGCCUUGCUGCAAGGACUGCGGCGUUGCAUAUCAAUACGACCGGGCUUCAGCAGGGCAGGAGGCCGCCUGACGAGGAGUUGAGCGCUACGAACAGCGUGAGUGGAAGUGAGUGGUCAGAGAUUGGGGAGCAUGAGACGGAACGAGGAAGUGAAAUCUGGUCUGGAGAGCUAAGCAGUGUGAUUGGUCUGCAGAAGAGAGGUUUGAGGGGGCUGAUGGAGGGUCGGAGGAUGAGAGAGCGGACGGGAACGAACCCUGGGAUGGGACUGGGAGGGCCAGGGCCGUCGAGUGGACAUGGAGGUCCCGGAGGACCGAGCCUUUACGGAUCAACUCCUACGGCGACAUCUUCAAUGCAACAAAUGCAACAACGUGUCGGGACGGGGAUGGGUGGUCCUUGAGCUUUUGUCUGAAGGAUCAAAGUACGUGAGGUGAACGGAUAGUACAAACAUGGCAUGUCGUUGAUUUACCCGGGGAUUUAGCGGGCAUUUAGGAGGCGGUGGCUAUGUGUGGGAGCCGAAAGUUGAUAGGCGUAUGUGGAUGCCAUAUACCGAUAGAUGUUUCGUAGAUAUUGAAUAAUGGAUAAGUCCAAAACAUGCAUGGC